AUGAAGAAUUCUACCAACGCGGAGCGCCGGGAGGCCGCGGAGCGCCGUGCCCUCAACGCGCUCCUGCAACCGACCGACUCAGCGAGUUCGCCCGCUGACAAGGCACACAACAAAGAUUACGACGAUGAAGAUGAAAAGGACUACAGGGAUCACUCGGAAAAGAAGGAGAAAUCUAGGAGACACCCCUCAAGAACCCGACGACGACCUGCCAGCCGAGGGCACAGCUCCAGGCGAUCGAGGGACAGAUCAGCCUCCUUCCCGCCCCUUGAAGAAAUGAAGAAAGCCGGCAGUAACCAAUCCGGCGGCAGAAGCGGCAACAGCAAGACAAGCAACAGCCACGACAACAAGAAGUCUGAGAAGACCUCGAGGUCAAGAAGCAGCAGCAGCAGCUCCAGGAAAGCGGACAAACAGAGCGCCACAAUGGAACACAUCUUUUGGAACUGCCCCGCAGACCCCACACCCGAAGAACUCCAGAAGCUUGUAGGCUUUCAAAAAGUGGGACACCCUGCUGGCCAGCUCUGA